AUGGCCACCAAGACCGAUAUCGUUCUCUACACGGCGCAGACGCCUAACGGAAUCAAAGCGUCCAUUGCGCUCGAGGAGCUCGGUCUUCAAUAUGAGGUGUAUAAUAUCAAAAUGAUGGACAAUGAGCAAAAGGAGCAAUGGUUCCUGGACAUCAAUCCCAAUGGCCGAAUUCCCGCUCUGACAGACACAUUCAACGGCAAGAAGAUUCGGGUUUUUGAAAGCGGCGCCAUCUUGGAGUAUCUCGUGGACCGGUAUGACAAGGACCACAAGAUUUCGUAUCCCAAGGACUCGGCGGAGCAUUGGGAAGUCAUCAGCUGGUUAAUGUGGCAGAUGGGUGGUCUUGGGCCGAUGCAAGGCCAGGCAAACCACUUCAAGAGAUACGCCCCCGAAAAGAUUGAAUACGGCAUCAACCGCUACGGCAACGAAACUCGCCGUCUGUACCGCACCAUGGACGACCACCUCGCCAAGUCGUCCCACGGCUUCCUGGUCGGCGACCGCGUCACCAUUGCGGACAUUUCAUGCUGGGGAUGGGUCGCUUCUCACACCUGGGCGGGCGUCUCGCUCAAGGAGUUUCCCCAUCUGGAGAAGUGGCUGAACACGCUGCUGCAGCGACCUGGCUUUGAAAAGGGGCGCCAUGUGCCGAAGCAGCAUACUGCGUUUGACAACGACAAAUUGAGUGAGGAGGAGCUGGAUAAGAAGGCUGAGUCGUCGAGGAAUUGGGUGCAGAGCGGGAUGAAGGCGGAUGCGCAGAAGUGA